CGUGUCGCGGCGGCGACGUCGAAGACGUAGGAAACAUGGCUGCUCCCUGCUAGUCGAAGCGUUUCCCUGAAUGUUUUUUGUUUUUUGUACCUACUUGUGCAAAACAUUCAUUUCCGAACGAUGAUUAAGACAGAGAAAACGUUCCCAUCUGUUGAAGAGCAAGAACAGGACGAGAAAGAGGAAGAUGAGGAGGACGACGAAGAGAAAGGAACCACAAGUUCAGAUAAUAAUAAUGACGAUGAGGAGAAGGGUGAAGCGGAAGCAGGAGGUGGAAAGGAAGCAGAAGUGUCGUCUACUGCGGAAGGAAAGAAGCCCUCCGAUGUCCUGAAUCUAAACAACGAGGUGGUGAAGAUGAGGAAGGAGGUGAAGAGGGUGAAGGCUCUGAUCAUCAGGAAGCUCACUCGUCAGAUUGUCGCCUUGAAGAAGAAGAAGGGAAAGGAGGCAGAAAUGGAGAGGAAUCAGAGGAGAGCAGCGAGGCUGCUGGAGGAGGUCCACAGCAUGAAGAAGCUCCCUCCAGACAGGGUGACCAAAACGGCCUUGCAAAAGAACCUCAACUUUGAGCACGUUUGCAAAAACCCCAAGUCAACCAUGUUAGACAGAGCCGUAGCACGCAUCGCCAGCCACCCUCAGUUCAGGAAGAAGAUCGAGAGCAUCAGAGCCGCCGUCAAAGACUUCAGAGAGGAGCGCAACAAGCCCAGAAAACUGGGGGAGCACCCGAAAGGUCAGAGAGCACCAGAAAAAGCCACCCAGCUUUCACCAGACUCAAGACAGGACAGAAAAAAUGAGGAUGAAGACAAAGACAAUUCUUUGAACCAACAAGUGGAAGACAUUAAGGAAGGAACAGAUGUCCUUAAAAGUGCUGAGAAAUCAGUUGUACGAUCACCUGCUCCCUCUGAUACCUCAGACCUUCACAAGCAAGAGAAGCCAGAGUCUACUAGUGCUAAAGCUACUGUAGUUAAAAGCAGCAUGAAGCCUAAGCCUCAAGGUAAACACAAAGAGAAGAAUUCCUGUCUUCAGUCUGUUCCUGAAUCAGCUCUCGAAAGCGUAGAUGAAGAAGAGAGCGACGUAGAGUCAUUGGACGACGAAGAGAAAGAGUACUUUGACGACAGCACGGAGGAGCGUUUCCACAAGCAGUCGUCGGCGUCAGAGGAGAGCGAUGAAGACGACUUCUUCAUAGGGAAAGUUAGCAAAUUCAAGAAGAAGAAGAAAAAAGAGACGAGCGGCGAAGUGGAGGUAGAUAAAGAACAGCAAGGGAAAAAAGAUCCGGGUGACGCGAAAAGCGACAAACUCCAGAGUGAACUGGACGAGCUGGAGUCCAGGUUGAAGUCCAAACCCUUGACAGUUCAGUCUGUGUUCUGCUCGUCGCUGGCCGGAGGUAAGGGCGGACGGGGUGGCCACAUAGGGAAAGGGACGGUUAAAUCUGGAGCUCCGGGGAACUCCAAAACCGGCGGAGGUUUAAAUGAUGGAGGCUCUGGCAAAUUACAGUUCACAAAGCAGGAGGACAGAACUUCAGAUUCUGAGGCCAAGUUCGGCAAACGCCCCGAGUCGGACAGAAAAGAAUCUAGGUCUGCCGGGAGAGAAAGAGGCAAAGAUGUCCGAAAGCAGAAGGACAACAGGGGGGGAGGCUUCCACUCCCAUCAGCCGCCACAGCCGGCGCUCCACCCAUCAUGGGAGGCCAGCAAGAAGAGGAAAGAGCAGCAGGGACAAAUCCUGGCAUUCCAAGGGAAGAAGAUUAAAUUUGAUGAUGAUGAUGACUGAAGGAAUUAUUUUAGAACUGAAUAAAUUUAGCCUUCAGGAAUGUA